CAAAGGUAUGAGGUCGAGGGUGGGAGAUCAGAGAGAGGAACUGUGGGAAAAGCUUGCUUUUUGCCUGAUUCAAGGAAACAGGUAAGGGCGGCAGAUACUUUUAAUUUGGGGCCCAGGGCCAAUCAAAGGAGGUGGGCCUCUGCCCCAGAGGAGCCUCCAGACUCCAACUAGCAGCCAGUACCAAACAAGGCAUAGCAAUUAAGGGAACAGUUGAGAAAAAAGGGAAUGGGGUCCAUUGUGCCUGAACUUCCUCACCGGGGACCCCCUGCUGCUUUGCGCGCCGCAUACGCGUACUUAGGCGUAACUUGGUGCCUAGGUGUCCAGCCCCGGGAGUUUGGUUCAGCCGCGCGCAGGGGUUUCACUCCCCAGUGUGGGCAGCGCCUCGGGGUUUGGAGGAGCUUGUGCCCGGGCUCCGACCCGGAGAGGGGGAGGGCCCGCAGGGUUUCGCCUGCUGUUUGCACUUAAGGUGUGUUGGGCUCGGGAGCGGCUUUUCCGGUGCUUGGCAAGUGCUCCCGCCACCUCCGGGCUGCCGUUGGCCGGUCCCUCCCUCCGCGGUUCUCCCUCUCUGGGCGCCGCGCCCUAGGCAGCUCUGCACCCCGGCCUCACCUCUGGCCUCCUUUCGCCUCCCUGCGCCAGGCCUUUUCGCUUGACCCUUUAGAAUCUCCGGCUUCGUUCCCCACAGCCGGCCUUUCUCCAAGCCCCCCACACCUCUCGGCCACUUCCAAAGGGGUGUCCGGCCCUUCCGCGCCCUUUACCCCACACCCUUUUCCCGUCUGGCCUCGGCUACCCUCGGGGCGGCAACCGUCUCUUCCCCGCCCCUCGCGUCUCCCCCUCCUCCCUGCUCGCCCUCCCCUCGCCAAUCAUCCAGCCAUUGUCUCCCGCCCCCUCCUCCCCUUUCCCCGGGCGGCCUCCUCCCCCACCGCUGCCACGUCGUGGUUUGAAGGAGCCAAUGGGCCGGCGCCGCCAGGUGUCUCUUACCUGCACCACGUGGGGGAGGGGGAAGGGGCGGGCAGGUAGAGCCACAUCCCAAAACAGAAAAGCUUUCAGCCAUUGCGCGCGCCUCCCGGGGGUGCAGCCCUGCUCCUGGCUUUUUGCAUAGACGCACGGGCAAUUGAAUACAAAAAGGGCAGGCCGCUUUCGCCCUCCUUCCCACCCCCCUUCCUGCCCUGGGUGUGGAGCUCGGGCCAGGUGUGGGCUUGGGUGGUUGGUUACCGCCUUUUGCAUCGGCGGCGGCGAGGAGGGGGGGUGGGCGCUCUUUCUUUUUCUCUCAGAAGAGGUUUUAGCACUGGUUUCCUCGUUCUCACUUCCACCCCACCUCACCGCCUCCCGACCCCCCUUCUCCCCCUCCCCACCUAUCGUCAUGACGGCGUCUCCGGAUUACUUGGUGGUGCUUUUUGGAAUCACUGCUGGGGCCACCGGGGCCAAGCUGGGCUCGGAUGAGAAGGAGCUGAUCCUGCUGUUAUGGAAAGUCGUGGAUCUCGCCAACAAGAAGGUGGGACAGCUGCACGAAGUACUAGUUAGACCGGAUCAGUUGGAGCUGACGGAGGAUUGUAAAGAAGAAACGAAGAUUGACGCAGAGAGCCUGUCCUCCGCGCCGCAGCUGGACCAAGCUCUCCGACAGUUUAACCAGUCAGUGAGCAAUGAACUGAAUAUUGGGGUAGGAACCUCCUUCUGUCUCUGUACUGAUGGGCAGCUUCAUGUCAGGCAAAUCCUGCAUCCUGAGGCUUCCAAGAAGAAUGUAUUAUUGCCUGAAUGCUUCUAUUCCUUUUUUGAUCUUCGAAAAGAAUUCAAGAAGUGUUGCCCUGGCUCACCUGAUAUUGAUAAACUGGAUGUUGCAGCAAUGACCGAGUGUUUAAAUUUUGAGAAGAAUAGUUCAGCCUCCCGGUAUGGAGCCUCUCAAGUAGAAGAUAUGGGAAAUAUAAUUUUAGCAAUGAUUUCAGAGCCUUAUAAUCACAGGUUUUCAGAUCCAGAGAGAGUAAAUUACAAAUUUGAAAGUGGCACUUGGGGAGGUGCAGCACUUUGUCUGAAUGCCCAGGGCCGAAGGAAUGGUGAAGCUCUGGUCAGGUUCGUAAGUGAGGAGCACAGAGACCUAGCUCUCCAGAGGCACAAACAUCACAUGGGGACCCGGUACAUUGAGGUUUACAAAGCAACAGGUGAAGAUUUCCUUAAAAUUGCUGGUGGUACAUCCAACGAGGUAGCCCAAUUUCUCUCCAAGGAAAACCAAGUCAUUGUCCGCAUGCGGGGGCUCCCCUUUACAGCCACAGCUGAUGAAGUGGUGGCCUUCUUUGGACAGCAUUGCCCCAUCACUGGGGGGAAGGAAGGCAUUCUCUUUGUUACCUACCCAGAUGGUCGGCCAACAGGGGAUGCUUUUGUCCUCUUUGCUUGUGAGGAAUAUGCACAGAAUGCACUGAGGAAGCAUAAGGACUUGUUGGGUAAACGAUACAUUGAACUCUUCAGGAGCACAGCAGCUGAAGUUCAGCAGGUGCUGAAUCGAUUCUCCUCGGCCCCUCUCAUCCCACUUCCAACCCCUCCCAUUAUUCCAGUACUACCUCAGCAAUUUGUGACCCCUACAAACGUUAGAGACUGUAUACGCCUUCGAGGUCUUCCCUAUGCAGCCACAAUUGAGGACAUCCUGGACUUUCUGGGGGAAUUUUCCACAGAUAUUCGAACCCAUGGGGUCCACAUGGUAUUGAAUCACCAGGGCCGCCCAUCAGGAGAUGCCUUUAUCCAGAUGAAGUCUGCGGACAGAGCGUUUAUGGCUGCACAGAAGUGUCAUAAAAAAACCAUGAAGGACAGAUAUGUUGAAGUCUUUCAGUGUUCAGCUGAGGAGAUGAACUUUGUGUUAAUGGGGGGCACUUUAAAUCGAAAUGGCUUAUCCCCACCGCCAUGCCUGUCUCCUCCCUCCUACACAUUUCCAGCUCCAGCAGCAGUUAUUCCUACUGAAGCUGCCAUUUAUCAGCCCUCUGUGCUUUUGAAUCCGCGGGCACUGCAGCCCUCCACAGCGUACUACCCAGCGGGCACUCAGCUCUUCAUGAACUACACAGCAUAUUAUCCCAGCCCCCCAGGUUCGCCCAAUAGUCUUGGCUACUUCCCUACAGCUGCUAAUCUUAGCGGUGUCCCUCCACAGCCUGGCACGGUGGUCAGAAUGCAGGGCCUGGCCUACAAUACUGGAGUUAAGGAAAUUCUUAACUUCUUCCAAGGUUACCAGUAUGCAACCGAGGAUGGACUUGUACACACAAAUGACCAGGCCAGGACUCUAUCCAAAGAAUGGGUUUGUAUUUAAGGGCCCCAGCAUUUAGACCAUCCUCAGAAAAGAAGUGUUUGAAAGAUGUAUGGUGAUCCUGAAGCCAUCAGACAUAAGACAACUUCUAGCAACUUCAGGGGAAGUUUGUUGACACUCAGGCUGCAGUAUUUUUAGCAAACGUGAUUGGACAGUGGGCCUGUGGCCUAUCUUUUGGUGGAGUGAAAAAUUUGAGCCAGUGAAGCCAAAUCCUUAGAGUAAGCAGCAUGUUUGUCUGCUUGCUAAUUGCAAAUAGGCAUUUACAAUGUGAAUUUGAAAUCAGAUGUCUCCAUUACUUCCAGCCAGUGUGGCAUCAUAGGUGUUUCCUAAGUUUUAAGUCCGAGGGCGGGGAAAAAAAUACUCCACUAGCGUCUACUGUCUCCACCAGAGACUGCCAUGGAAGCUUCAUUUUUUUGUGUCGCCAUUCUUUUUCUCUCCAUCUCCCUAUCUUCUGCACAAUCAUGCCUUCUUCCUAACUCAAGAAUAAGGUCUUGGAAUAGUUAUAUUACCAACUUACCCAAAGAAAUAAAAGCAAUAUUUUCCCAGCCUCUUGACCAUCAUGAUGUCUUACAGUUAAAAGCCAACAAAAACUAUUUCAGACUCCUCGGAAUAAAUUAGAAGAAAUGGCACACUCACCACAAAACAUGCAUAACUGAAAUGGUUUUUUUUUUUUUGCUCAGCAGGUAUCAGGUAUAAAUAAGAAUGAACUAGGGGCCAAAAUGCGAAACCAAAAAUGAAGCAGCUACGUGUAGGUAAUAGUUUCUAGUCUGAACCGUUAUCUGAAUUUUGUGGCUUCGUAUGUAUUAUUUUAUAUUGUACUUUGCCCAUUAUCAAUGGCUUGGACUUUGAUGAGAAAUCCCAUAGUUUUUAACAUCACAAAAAUGAGAAUAUUUGGACAGUGUAUUCUAGAAAGCAGUAUACUAACUGAAGUGAAUGCUUGUAUAUAUUAAGAUAGGCUUCAACCUCUUUCUCUAAUGCCUUAACUGUCAAGUAAUUAAAACUUUUAAACGCAUAGGGUUAUAGUCAGCAUGCUAGACUGAGAGGUAAACACUGAUGUGACAGCAGGUACCGAUGCUGUCAGUGUUUAACACUAUGUGUUUAGCUGUGUUUAUGCUACAAAAGUGCAAUAUUAGAUACUAGCUAGAUAGUACUGCUGCCUCGUAUAACUCCGGAGAAAACAGGAUUUGAUUAACUGAGUGCACGUGUUUAAGUUACUCAUACUGUCCUUAGCUUGGAUGCAGUGCCAUGUGGAUUUAUGUGGCUGCUAUUUUUAUUUACUUUGCAUUACUUUGAUUAACAACCUUGGAUGGAGAGCUAAACAUUCCCUCUUUUUUCCUGACCGGCAAUGGCCCUUUAACUGCAGUAGAAAAAAAAAAAAAAAGAAGAAACAAAAAAAAAAUUGUGUGUGAAAAUGGGUGAUAACCGGCACUUAAGAUCAUGAAAAAAAAAUAGUUCUUGAUACUUGCUGCCUUAAGAUGCUGACGACUGCCCAAAGUUCUGAAAGACUUCAUGAUAGGCAGUGAUACUACAGUACUACUGAGUUUUUGUAGAAUUGUUACAUUUGAUAAUAAAACUUGCCGCUUAAUGUCAA